ACGCAAGAGGCGUAUUUCAGAUCGAUAAAUCCCAAAUCCCUAAUAACCUAAUCCCCUUUCCCUGCGCUCUUUCUUCUUCCCGCGUCCUUGCUGCUCCAAAGAUUUUCGCUCGAUUUAGGUCUUCGAUUUCGCCGAUUCAUCCGCCGGUGCCGGAUAUGGCGUGCGUCGACAUCCAUGGCAUGAGCGUGACGCUCACGUUGGUGGACCAGCUGUCGCACGCCGUGAAGAAGAGAUCCGCCGACGAGAAUCUUGUCCUCGCCGACGAGUCCGAGGCCAGUGGAUGGUCUUCGGCGGUCUCCGACCGCAGGCUCGCCCUGCGCCGCCGGCGAGGUCCGGCUUCCUCUUCCUGCCGCCGCGGCUGCAUCGUGGUGACGGAGGGGCCGGACUGCCGUGCCGAGGAGGCGGUUCAGCAGGUUGUGCUGGGAGAAAUCGAAGGCGCCCAGCUAGCUGCACCGGAGAUCAAGGCUUCCUCUGUUGAGGAGCUGGUCUACUGGACAGUACUCUAAUCCAACAAUCCAACCAUCUAAAAUCGCCAGGCCUGCUUGUGCAAAUGUCUGAAAAAGGUUCAGUGUUUCUGCUCCCGUUGUGUCCAUCUAUUGCAGAGUCCUUUCUUUCUAGACUAUAUGAAUAACCUCUUCUCUCUUCUUUUUUAUGUCAAUGUUGGAGCACCUUGGGGUGUCGAGGAGGGGACGCUACAAGAAGUUGAGGAGGCGCCAUAUGAAGUAAUCAAAUUACAAGACAAGAGGCCGGAUGUGCUGGAAUGAUGAAGUAUCUGCUACUCGCAUGUUGGAGUUUUUUCACAGCAGGACAGUACAUGAUUUCUCAAGGAAAACAAAUCACAUCAUACAUUGAUUAUAAGGUUUUGCCUU